AUGGGUUUGGCGAGUGUCAAUGACCCAAGUGCUUGCGUCGUGUUCCCGCCGCUACAGAUCAGAUGCUCUGCGCCGUUUGGCAAGGACAUGCCCUGCCAGUCGUGCCGAAAGAAUGGCCUUGAUUGCGUCUUCUCUGACCGGCAGAAGUCGGGGCCCAAGGCGACAGGGGCCAAAGGAGUGCCGAGCUCACCGCGAGUGAGAUCCGUCACCCGGGGCAGAAGGGUGGACAGGACCAUCGAAGAACCUACGAGGCCAGGGACGGGGAGGGCAUCGACAUGGACCCUUCUAACGUCUCUAUAUAAAGCGGAGAAUGCUACAUCGGCAUCCACCCUCGAUGCGAGCGAGGACCUUGCUUCCCGGUGGACAACGGCAUACUGGACACUCGCGGAUCACAAAGACAGUACCUUCGAUGCCGAACAGACGUCGGUCACCGGGGCCAAGGCCAACAACAGUAGUCGCCAGAAGGAAUUGCGAACGGACAUGCACGUCAUCGGUGAUAAGUUGACCGUCAGGUGGGUCUUUCACGAAUGA